AUGUCCACACCAGCUGGGAAAUUAGCUGUAUCUAAAGAAGAUGAAGAAUACCUAGCCAGAAAUCCUUUAGGCACAAUUUUGAACAGAUUUCGGGCAGCUUUUGAGGCCUACAAUGAGGGUGUUUUCGUGGAAUUUUCCAAGAAUAAAAAUUACUUAUCUGUCAACCGAUCCGCUAUCGCGAACCUAAUUAAAGAUUUAGCCGGCUAUGCUAUUGAUAAAGACAUAGGAUCUGAUACAGAUCAACUUCUAGACGUCCAACUUAUAUCUACAUAUAAAUAUCUUCGGUCUAGCAACGAUGAGCUCUCAAUUUUUGACCAACUGGCGACUACUAUUGUCAACAACGUAUCUGACCAUGAGGUUUGGAAAGCAAUUCUUCGUCUCGCCCGUGACUAUGAACUUAUGCCAAUUCAACUUCUAACUGCAUUUUCUCAAAAAGAAGAUGAGGAUUGGUGGGAUUUUGUCGCACCACUUCGUCGACAAUUUAAAAACUCAACAUUUGAAAAUGUAGGUGGCUUUUGGGCAAAGUACUUUGAAGGCCACAAGUGGGUUGAGCAGUGCUCUUAUAUAUUUCAAAGCUUCAACAAGACGCUCAACGAAAAUGCACUACGCGCUUUUGCUGACACAACGUCAGAAGAGAGUAUUUGGCAUUGGCUAGACUCAUUUCAAAAUCAAUAUCUAAGUCAGACUUCAGACCCAAUCGUACCUCCUUCAGGUGAUCCUAGUCAAAUUCAACAAGGUGAUGCUCAUUCUUCGCCAGGGAAAUACUUUCGAAUGAAAAGGGCAAAUAAAAAUCAAAGAGGCCAAACCUCAUGGCAGUUCGAUGUUUUCAUUAAACGUCGAGACGUGCCUAUCUAUCAACUCAACCAGUGGCGGAACGUUUUGGUGGUAGGUGGGAUGUCAAAUUCUGUUAAGGAUGACUGCUGGCACGAGAAAUUCCUUGAGCUUUCGGUUUACAUGCGCGAGAUUUUUUGGGCGCAGCCGCUCCGCCAGUUCGUCCACGGUUUCCAUUUGUUUGGAACUCAACUGCUCCUUUGGGUUUUCGACCGAGCCGGGGCUUUCAGCUCAGAUACCAUCGAAAUUCUUCAUGAGCCAGAGCGUUUCAUCCGCGUAAUCGCGGCAUACACAUUCAUGGAUGAUGACGAGCUUGGACUUGGCACAUUUUUCAAAGUGAACGGUAGGCAAUCUAUUAUUACAAUGAAAAAUGCUACCGACGGGGAAAGUCGAGACUUCGCGCUGGAUCCUAUGCACUUCGUAAAUCGGGAACAAAUCGUAUCACGUGGCACCACUUGUUAUCGUACGAUGGAUGGCGAUAACCUGGUCAAGUUCGCAUGGAGAGAUCCAGAACAAAAGUCAGAGGCUGAGCUUCUCCAAGCUGCCCAAAAUGUAAAUGGCGUCUUAAAAUUACUCGGAUGGCGCGACAUAACCUCAAUCAGUAAGCUCCGUAAUGGGCUUGUAUUUUCACGAAAAAUGGCAAAAACGAUGACAGAAGAUUUUGAGCCAUACGCAUGUUCAGGCGACUCCUUAUUUGUCAGAGACCCCUCGCAAGAAAAGCAAUCAUUAAAAAAGGAUGGCAUAAAUCGUGAUAUCACCGGGAUACAGGAAUGUAACGAUGAGAGCAAAAUUUUACCAAAAAAAGCCAACCCAUCGACCUGUUUAACAAGGAAGAGUCUAUGCGAAAUCAAGGAAUUACCAGCCAUAGAAUCGUUCUAUGAACCAGCAUUUAAGGAUAGAAUAUUCUCCUGUUUCGGCGCUUCGCCAAUAGGAAGGCCUAUAUCUGAGCACUCAUCAGUUCAAGAGUUCCUCACCUGUAUGCGCGAUGCCAUCAAAGCACACAAGGAUUUGUUUCAAGAAGCAAAGAUUCUACACUGCGAUAUAUCUGAGAAUAAUAUCAUUUUGGUUGACCCGAAGAAACAGAACGGCUUAACUGGAAUGUUAAUCGAUUUAGAUUAUGCAAUCUGGAUGGGUGUUGAAAAUGAUAAAAGCCGAGCUGAGGCUCGAAUCAUGAGAGGUACCCUAAUGUAUAUAGCAAUCGAGAAAUUAUGUGGCUAUAGUGACCAAAAAUCUCCUGGUGUAGAGCACACAUACCGUCACGACCUUGAGUCGUUUUUUUAUGUAUUUCUCAUUGUCUGCACACGUUAUGGCUGGAAUGAUGAACAGCGGCCCAAAGAGAGUCCUCUUAAAGAAUGGUAUGUUAGCAGACAAAAAAUACUAAAAGAGAUAAAACAGCGUCAAAUGGAAGAGAGUGGUUUCGAAAUAUUUAUUUUGAAAAAAUUCUCUCCAAAAUUCGACUGUGUCAAAGAUUUAGCCAGAGAGCUACGGAACAUAUUAUUUUCAAAGGGGAAGCUCUCAACGGGUACUCCCGAUGAUCCCGAGGAAAUGUACGGCCUAGUGCUUGAAGCGUUUGAAAGUUCUCUUCAUAUUUGA